AUGUGGGAAAACUACCCGUUUUCUGAUCUUGGAGUUGGCCCCAUCUCCUCUCCCACAAAGCUGCUUCUCUGCCAAGGCAUCCGCAGCCGCCUGGUCCAUGGCAUCUUGGACAUCCUGCCAUGUUAUCUCUGUAUCUUCUUGGGGAUCCAGGAAUUCCUCACAGCCCUGGGGGGCCUUGUGGCGGUGCCACUCAUCCUGGCCAAGGUCGUGUGCCUGCAGCACGAUGUUCUGACACAGGGCUACCUCAUCAGCACCAUUUUCUUCAUCUCCGGCAUCUACAUGCUCCUGCAAGUGUUUUUAGGGGUCAGGCUGCCCGUUCUCCAGGGAGGUACAUUUGCUUUUGUGGUACCUUCUCUGGCCAUGCUCUCCCUUCCCACCUGGAAGUGCCCUGAGUGGACACUCAAUGCCAGCCAGGUGAACGCCAACUCUCCAAAAUUCACUGAGAAAUGGCAGAAGAGGAUCCGAGAGUUGCGGGGUGCCGUCAUGGUCACUUCCUGUGUCCAGAUGCUGGUGGGCUUCUCGGGCCUCAUUGGCUUUCUCAUGGGUUUCAUCGGUCCCUUGGCCAUUGCUCCAACUAUCUCCCAGGUGGCCCUGCCCCUCUUCGAUUCUGCAGGCAAUAAUGCCAGGAUCCACUGGGGGAUUUCUGCCAUGUAUUGCUUUGUGUUGCAUCUUUGCAACGAUGAGCUCUGGCUGCUUGGUUCUCCACGUGAGUCGCUUCCUAGGGGAGAAGCAUCAGAGCCAGGACGUGAAGACGUGAGAGCAGCAGAGUGGCGAGGUGAGGGCACAGGCCGGGUGCCCAGCUCACACCUUCAUCCUUUCCCAAGCCCCAUUUGGGAGCAGAGGGAGCGGUGUGGGGUGAGGUGGUGCUGCUCCUGCAGUGGGCAGAGGCCUCGGGGGCGCCUGGCCUGGCUGGUGCUCCUCACUCUCUGUGCCUGGUUGCUGCAGGUGGGGAGUCGGGCAGUGAUUGUCACCGUGGGCCGUGUGCUGCUCCUGAUGGGCGCGUUUGGGAAGAUCAGGGCUGCGUUUGCCACCAUCCCCACCCCCGUGAUCGGAGGCAUGUCCCUGGUCGUGUUUGGGGUCAUCACCACUAUGGGGAUCUCCAAUCUGCAGUAUGUGGACAUGAACUCGUCCCGGAGCCUCUUUGCCUUUGGCUUCUCCAUCUACUGUGGGCUCACUAUUCCCAACUGGGUAAGCAAGAACCCCGAGAUGCUCCAGACAGCUGACUGGAUUCUCCAGCUGCACCAGGUCGCUCAGGUGCUGCUGACCAUGGGCAUGUUCGUUGGUGGAUAUCUGGGUUUUCUUCUGGACAACACCAUCCCCGGUAGAACUCACCUCGCCCCUGAGGUAGGGCAGGGUAGGGCAGGCCUGAGGUAGGGCAGGGGUAAACAUGGGGCCGCUGGCUCUAAGGCGACGAGACCGAUUCUCUUCUUCUAUAAAGAGGCAGAGGGUCCUGCUGGCCUCUCCAUCUCCUCCCUCUCUAGGCCCGCCCCACCAGGCUGGUGUUUGGGAGCAGUGAGGGGCACCCCCACUCCUCCUGCCCCUCCUCUGUAUCCCUGCCGCUCCAGCCUCAUCCAGCUCAGGGAACCGUGGCCCAGUGUUGUCUACCCAAGCAGGAGGAAAGCUGAAUACAUAGCCAGCAGUCCUCUGUGGUGUCACCACACACUGCUGUCCCCUGCUCUGUCCACACAUGUCCCCUAGCCCCACCUUCCCACAGCUCUUCAGACUCCCUUUUAGGAGUUGUGGGGUGGGGACU